GUUGCGUUGUUGCGUCAGCGACGUCAACGAAGGGUUUUGGUAGACCGAUUUACCGAUUUAUGCACGAUGUAGGUUCUGGUUCUUGAGUUCGUUUCUGGUGUUAUUAAACGAAAACAAAGAAGCACACAGACAUCAGUAGUUGAUAGAGAACAAAAAUGGUGCGCAGCAGUCUCUUCUCGGCAAUUGUUUCCCUUCUUUUGGUGGGGCCUUCCCAUGGAUUUUCUCCGUCAACGCCAUCGCCAUCGACGACGACAACACGUCUGAACGGCUUCGGGGAUGCAUUCAAGAAUGCAUUUGCCAAUGACGACGAUCUUGGAGCUCGAAAAAAUGAGGGUCUCUCCGGUGGUCCCAACUACAACGAAUCGGUCACAAUGAAUGGAAAAGCAGUCCCAGGCUGCGUCGUGGGUCAAAAACUAACGGUUGUAGGGGGAAAGGCGAGAGUCAAGAUUCCUGUGAAUUGCCAGGCCGGAGAUUGCGGUGAGUUCCGUGCUUUUUAUUUUGGUUAACCCGUUCAGGAUUUUUUAGGCCGUACAUGUACGAAUGAAGAGAAUUGGGGGUGGAAUUAGAUUCGAAUGAAACAGUUGAAUCUCAAAAUUUUGCUGUCUUCUUUUCCUCUCUAUUUUGGUUGGAACUAUUACGACCACACUAAUGAUUUGUUCUUUCGAAUUUCGCCGCACCGUACCUUGCAGGAACCUGUGUGGUGAAGAUGAACGGGCGAAAAGUGAAGGCUUGCCAAACACAAGUACCUAAAGGAAAGUGCAAUAUCCAGACCUUGUAAUUUAUUCUAAAUCGAAAAAAUAAACUUUGUCGUGAAAA